AUGUUUGUGGGGGGGUGGGGUUUUUUGGUUUGGUUGGGGUGUGGGGUGGGUGGUGUUGGGUGGUUUGGGGUGAAAGGGGGUGGGGGUUGGUGGUGUUUGAAUGGGGGGGUGGGUGUGUUUUUGUUGUGGGGGUUUGUGGGGGUUGUAUGGUUGGUGGUGUGGGUGGUGGGUUGGUGGUGUUUGUUGGGGGGUGGUUGUGUGGGUAUUUUUAGUUGGUGGGUGGGGUUGGGGUGGGGGGUGUGUGUUGGUUUGGGUGGGGUGGUGUUUGUAUUUGGUGUGUGGGUUUUUGUGUUUGUAUGUUUGUUUGUUUGGUUUUUGGUGGUGGUUGUGGUUUGUUUGUUUGUGGGGGUUUUGUAUGGUUGUGUUGUUUGUUUGUUUGGGGUUUUGUAUGUUUUGUGUGUGAUUGUUUGGGUGUUUGUAUUGUUGUUUUUUUGGGUGUGGUGUGUGGUGAAGUUGUUUGGGGGUGGGUGGGAUUGUUGUGGGUAUGUGAUUGGUUGUGGGUGGGGGGUGGAAGGGUGUGGGGUGGUGGUUGUGUGGAAGGUGGGGUGGGUGGGUGGUGGGUGUAGGGUGAAGGGGGGGGGGGGGGAGAAUGUUGAUGUAGAGGGGUUGUGUUGGUUGGGUUGGAGGGGGGGUUUGGUGAAAUGUAGGAGGGGUUGGUUUUGGUGGUUGGGGGUGGGGGGUUAUGGGGGAAAGUUGUGGGUUGGAGUGGGUGGUGUGUUGAUUAUAGGGGGGGAUAGGGGUGUUUUGUGGUGGGUUUGA